UCCCAUCCGGGCUGAUAUCACCUAACACAACACCGAGCAAACACACGGGCCGAGAUAGGGAAGGAGUAGAUGAAGGUACACUUUUAGGAGAAGGUCGGGUAUCGCAGAACAAAAAGAAGAAGAAAAAAAGAAGAAAAAAACAAAGGAAUGUGUGAUUAAAGCCAAUGAGAAUGCAAGGGAAGUGGCUCCACAGGAAGAAACGAAAAGAAAAGCAGAAAAUUGUGAAACGGAGAGAGAGAGAAGGAAUUCAUCUGAGGAGGAACUCGACUUUUUCAGGUGAGCCAGCAUGACUGAACGGUACGACUGCCACUACUGUAAGGAGUCCCUGUUCGGGAAGAAGUAUGUGCUCCGGGAGGACAACCCGUACUGUGUGAAAUGCUAUGAGAGCCUGUACUCCAACACCUGCGAGGAGUGCAAGAAGCCCAUUGGCUGCAACACCAGGGACCUGUCCUACAAGGACCGUCACUGGCAUGAAGACUGUUUCCAGUGUUUCCAGUGCAAGCGCUCGCUGGUGGACAAGCCCUUCUCCACCAAGGAUGAGCAGCUGCUCUGCACCGAGUGCUACUCCAAUGAGUACUCCUCCAAGUGCCAUAGCUGCAAGAAGACCAUCAUGCCCGGCUCCAGGAAGAUGGAGCAUAAGGGGAACAGCUGGCACGAGACCUGCUUCACCUGCCAGAGGUGCCAGCAGCCCAUCGGCACCAAGAGCUUCAUCCCCAAGGAGAACAACAACUUCUGCGUCCCCUGCUAUGAGAAGCAGUUUGCCAUGCAGUGUGUGCAGUGCAAGAAGCCCAUCACCACGGGUGGGGUGACCUACCGCGAGCAGCCUUGGCACAAGGACUGCUUCUUGUGCACCAGCUGCAAGCAGCAACUGUCUGGCCAGCGGUUUACCUCCCGCGAUGACUUUGCCUACUGUCUCAACUGCUUCUGCAACCUGUAUGCCAAGAAGUGCGCCUCCUGCACCACCCCCAUUAGCGGUCUUGGAGGCAGCAAGUACAUCUCCUUCGAGGAGCGCCAGUGGCACAAUGACUGCUUCAACUGCAAGAAGUGCUCCAUCUCCCUGGUGGGACGUGGCUUCCUCACCGAGCGCGACGACAUCCUGUGCCCGGAGUGCGGCAAGGACAUCUGAUGUGGCGUGGAGAACUGUCGGCUGACAGACAUGAGGAUUAGAUGGCCACGUAAUGACCAAAGAGAGAGAGAGAGAGAGAGAGAGAGAGAGAAUCAGAGCAAAGAGCAUAACUCCAUCACCCUGCUAGAUAUGAUACGCAAAUGCAGAACCACAAGAAUUGUGCAGUUUGAAACGACACUUCAUCUCAAUUAGACACAAGUCGAUUGCUAUUUGAGAACAGUAACUGCUGAUUAAAUUGCUACGAUUAAUGUAAAGCACACAAGCUAUCUUUAAGGCCUCGCUUAUGAACCUGUAACAUUUUCAUGUGUAGAAAAACGUGUACUCAAAAAUCAUUUUAGGCAGCAUUUUCCCCCUACAAGCUGUUUUGGCAUGAAACCCCCCCUCCCCCCGUUAUUAACAUAGAUUAUUAACUUUUGAGUGCAAUAGCAGUAUUUUCCGCAUGUACCAGCUGGAUAACGCAACGUCCAGGUUGUUGUUUUGUGCAUGAGUGCUGUGAUUAGCAAACAAAAUACGAAUGCAAUUAAUGUUUUCGAUGCUAUGAAAUGACAUGUGUUAAGAGAAAUCCAUUUUAAAAUCUUGUCAAGUUUAAACACGCUACAAAACAGCAAGGGGCAGAUUCAGUGUCUCACCAGCAGGCUUUUGACCCGAUGAAAACACACACACACACACACACACACACACACACACACACACACAGUGCACACAGAGUAAAACACUGCAGGGGUCAAGACGCCCCUACAGGUGACACAGUGAUUUUUUCGUGUCCCCUAAAUGAAAACCGGUUCCUCCUUUACAGCCAUCAUUUUCAAGUUCCAGAAAAAUGAAGAAAUGUUGAAGGAUCACGUGACUUUUCUAAUUAUAUAUAAAAAACAAAAAAAAGAUUAGCCUUUAUUUGAAGAAGGGUGUUGGAUCAAACUGGAUCGGGAGACCUGGAAUCUGGUCCUGGUUUGAGUAGCGUGGUAAAAUGCUCAUCUCUGUCAUAGAUUUUCAAAGACAUUGCCUGCUAAGUCUGUUAAUGUAAAACCCCAAUAAAACGCUUCAGAGACAUUGUC